AUGGCAUCGUCAUGCUCGCUGCCUAUGGUUUCACAAAUAUCGACCACUCCCCCGUCAGAUUCGUCUUUUUAUAAACUAUACCACCAAAACAGCGCUUCCAGCGCCGAGACAAGUCCUCCAGCCGGCGUUAAAAUGCGGCCUCAAUGGGAGUCGGCAACAAUUCGAGCAUUAGAAAGACAAUCCAGCAAAGGCAGCGAGAAUCAGUCUAUAAAUGAGCUAGACGAGUGGAAGAAGAUUGACGACAUUUUGUCGUCCUUUGGCGGAGCAGUGUGUCGCGAGUCGGUGUUCGCAGCCAACUACGAGCCUCAAGUCGCUGUUUUCCUUCGGGAUCGUCGAUCUCAGGCUCUCACACUCCAGCUCACAUCACCACCAUCGGCCACUCGUCUUAGUUCCAGCACUGCGUCAUCCUCGUCCUACAAAUUUGAUCCUGAUUGCAUAAACAUGAGCCAUUGGUUGUGCACAGCUGUGGGCCUACCAAAUCAAAAGGCUAAUGAAGUAGGUCGAGUACUCACGAAAGCCGGUUUCGACAAAACUACGCAAUUGGAAGGUUGUCUCACAGCUAGAGAGUUAGCUGCUCUAGGAAUCGAGAAAUCCAUUCAGCAACAGAUUUUGUCCCAUCUGGCUACUGUCAGCACUACUCGACCUAACGCUAAUAGCUUCAAUUAUGUGUCUGACUGGUUAUGUUCGCUCGAGUUAACUGACUAUCUCGGAAACUUUGUGACAGCUGGUUUGAAGUCGAUGCUGAUUGUUAGGACGGCAGACCUUACUAGGGAUCAUUUGGAGAAAAUGGGUAUAACUCUACCAGGACAUAUAGCACGUAUUCUCCACUCUCUGAUGGAGGCCAAGAUUGAGGAAGCGUGCCAGAGGAGUGAGCGCUUGCGAGAAAUGCGACGAGCUGUAACAUCUACUACGCCAACGUCAAGCAUUCUCAAGGAAACGUCUUCUGAGGAAAGCACGUCAGCCUUUGAAUGCGCCGAUAUCGGUGGAAGCGAGGCAGUGAAACGUGACUUACUACAUGGCCACGCCUCUUUCUCAGCACACUAUCUUGGCAGUAUGGAGAUUUCUAAUAUCGAUGGUACGGAGGAAAGUCGGCGAGCGAUGGCUAGACUCAAGGUGGCCUUUUGA